UCGUUAAUAGAACAAAUUACCUUAGAGAAAAACUGCAUUUCUCCAUUUUCAUUCUAUCUUUUACUUCUCCUUGAUCAGCACCCUAACCAAAAAUGGCACACCAAAACGUUGUUCUUGCUUUGGUCUUGAUUGCCCUCGUCGGCAUGGUUUCUGCCGCCGGCUCUAAGGCCAGCAGUUCACCGGCCUCCGCACCCGGCGGUGCUGAUGGCGGUUUAGGGGGUGCACCUGGAUCUCCCGCAGGUGCACUUGGAGCUGCUGCAGGUGGUAGUUCUCCACCUUCUAUGGCUUCUGCACCUAGUCCCAGCAAAGGUGCUACGCUCGAGGUCUCGACCGUCGCCGGCGUCGGAGCAGCCGCCGUUGCUUUCUACUUCAUGUUCUAAACAUGUUUUUCGUACGAGGAAAAGGCUGCCUUUAUUAAUUAUUCUAUGA